AGAAAAUAGAAAAUUUGAGGAGAGAAGUCGCUGUCGCAACCGCUGCACGCCACAGACUCUCUCCUACUCUCUACUCCGACCGACUCGCCCUUUUUCUCACUCAAAAGAUACAUCUUUUCUUGCCCAAACGUGGGGGCUCCGUGCCCCGGACCCGAAUGCCCAUUUCACCCAUUGGAUCUUGCCGCAUUUUCCCCUCAAAAGAGUCGAUGUACUCGACGAUACACUCCCUGACGCUCGACGGGAGCAGUGUCGGGGGUCUCGGUGUGGAAUUCGCUAGUUCUUUGGAAGGGACUAAUCUGCCCGGGGACGCGUGCAUCGUUCUCACCUCGGAUCCAAAGCCCCGACUCCGGUGGACUGCCGAGCUCCACGAGCGAUUCAUCGACGCCGUCACGCAGCUCGGUGGGCCCGAUAAGGCAACACCCAAGACUAUUAUGAGAACAAUGGGGGUGAAAGGCUUGACCCUAUAUCACUUGAAGUCUCAUCUUCAGAAAUACAGAUUGGGAAAGCAAUCAUGCAAGGAAUCAACUGACAACUCUAAGGAUGCAUUGUGUGUUGCCGAGAGCCAUGAUACAGGAUCAUCUACAUCAACCUCAUCAAGAAUUAUGGGACAAGAGCUGAACGAUGGUUACCAGGUUACUGAGGCUUUGCGAGUACAGAUGGAAGUUCAGCGACGGCUGCAUGAGCAGCUGGAGAUAUUACACAUCAAAAGUAGGAUCAAAUCAAUACAAUCCACUUGUGUGAGAGACAAUGUGCAGCGUCAUCUCCAACUUCGGAUUGAAGCUCAAGGAAAGUACCUUCAGUCCAUACUAGAGAAAGCUUGUAAAGCUCUAAGUGAUCAGGCCACUGCAUCUGCUGGGCUUGACGCUGCUAGGGAGGAGCUUUCCGAGCUAGCUAUCAAAGUUUCAAAUGACCGUCAAGGAGUGGUCCCUCUUGAUACCAUGAAAAUACAUUCCCUAUCUGAACUAGCUGCUACUUUAGAAAGCAAAACUGCUUCUAAUACGCCUACUCGCAUUGGUGAUUGCUCUGUCGAGAGCUGCUUCACUUCUGCUGGAACUCCAGUUUCUUCCUCGGGUGUGGGUUCACAGGCUGCUUCUUUGAAGAAGAGAACAAGACCUGUAUUUGGUAAUGCUGAAUUGCCCUUGGAGGGCGACAUACGGCAAGAAGUGGGAUGGAUGAUGAGUAAUAUUGGAUGAGCUUAAUGCCAGCUUCCCUGAAUUGAGAAUUUCCAUUUCACCAUUUAGGUUUUUAUUCAGUUCCUUCUAGUCUAAUUGUUCAUCCUGUUCGACCAUCUCUGUAGUCUGUACAUUCGUAAAGAUCCUUUAAUUAUAACUUAAUGUUGCCUCCCUUUAUUCAUGAAAGGGGCACAUUGGAAGGCCCAUGGUUUGCCUCUGCUGUGUAUGCAUAUACGCUACUAAGUAAUAUCCAUAGCAGGGAAAUUGAACGUAGAGUAGUUAGAUGCAGAAAUCGUUGAGGCUAUGUGGGAACGAAAUUUUUUGUUCUAGCUGGUCUUUAUGCUUGUUAAAAUCUACCUGGAAACCUUCCAUGAAAGGCUGCAACGUACAAUCUUUACUGAUGUAUCCUUGUUGGAGAUUCUAAAUUGGUCAAUUCAACUAUGUUUUCUGUUA